AGGUCAUCUACUUAACACUUCUAAAAAAUGUUUGUAAGAAUCUUUAGUCUGCCUCAACCCAGAUUAAGAUAUUAAUUGACGCACAAACAAAAGCUGUUACAAACGGAUCAACUUCAUUUACAUGAAGGGUCAUAAACUAACUGAAUAAAAGAUUUCAUUUUAGGAUGUUUGGGGUUCUUUCUAAAUCUUACAUGUACUUUGUAAUAAACAUCUUCAUCCAGAUCCUCAAAACCUUCAUCACUUUUUCUUGCCUUUUUGGCCGCUAAAUUCUGUUUGACACAGAAGAGUAGUGGUUUUCUAUUCUAUUGUCUUCCCUAUAGGAAUAGUUCACCUUCAAUUCUACCAACUUGCAUAGUUUUAUUUUUUUCAGUACAAUACAAGUCAAUGGGGACCAACAACUGAAGGUGAACUAUCCCUUUAUUUGUGUAAAUGCAGGCUAUUUAGAAAUUAGCUGAUGGGCUGUUUAGUGACCAGAUUUUUUUAUUUAAUUUUUUUUGCUGUUUUAUUCUGCUGUUUAUAGCGUUACAUGCUUAUUAGAAUCCCACUGAUGAAACAAAAACUGUCAGAAGCAUAAUUUUCACAUUCACCAAAAAAAACUCCCCGAAGAUGUUCAGUGUUCAUCUCCCUUUAUUCAAGAAAUUACAAUGUUUUGGUCAAAGACCUUCAUCAGGCAAACACACUGAUGAAUUUGUGUUCAGUUUGUAAGGAAUUCUUUUGACUUUUAACUUCUGCAGCUUCAGUGAUCAGAUCAGACCAUGAAGCUGUUUGAACUGUGUUUCCCUGCUGUCUGGAUAUUGUCCUGCUGUGUAUUCUCUGGCAGAGGUCAUGGUGUGUGUACUGUAGGGAAUCUCAUUAAAAGAAUCAAUUUAACCACAGAACUGAGUUCUGAAAUCCUGCUGCCGUGUCUUUAUGAACCAGCUCUCAAAGGAUCACACCUGACCGAGGAAUCAUUUGCUGACUGGAUUCAGAUUAAAACCAACACUGACUACAUUGUAGAGAUCAGUGUAAAUGGUCAAGAAAGCUUCUGGAAUAACAGACAGCAUAGAAUUAAGGUAUUCAGAGAAGUCGCUGGCUCUGGAAACUUCUCUCUCCUGAUUAGAGAUGUGCAGCUGUCUGAUCUGGGUCUCUACCGCUGUGAGAUCUUCAGAGGCAUCAACUGUUCUCUGGGCUAUGUAGAGAUAGAAAUCAGUCUGGCCACUGUUGAGAUUUCACUGCUCAGUAACUGGCGUCUCAUAGCUGCAGGUGGAGGAGGAUUUCUGCUUCUCUGUCUGAUCACUGUGUGCUUUUACUGUAUGCUGGCAAAACGUGAGUCUGGUAAACCUGCUAUGAGACCUGGUAAGUUAAUUGCACAAUUAUUAUAUAAUAAUGUAACAGAAUUUAUACAACACGCAUACUACCACAGUAUGAUUUUGAAUUUGAUAAGGCUGAUUUAAUUCGUAAGUCUCUUAAUUCGCUCUGUAAUAGUUUUCAAUGCAAAACCGCUCUCAAAUGCAGAUGUGUUUAAAUCUGAAGAACAUAUUGUACAAAGCUUCAUAUCAUUAACACUUUCUUUUAACAUCAUCUUUCAGGUCCCGCCUUUGAUGCUUUGACCUACACAACAGUGGUCUAUUAGGGAUUGCCUAGAAAUGCGUGCAUUUACAUCAUAAUUAAAAUACAUUAUUACAGUAGUCUGUUAUUUAUAUACUGCGUGUAAAAUCUGUUGAUUGUAUAACAUAUAAACUUUGAGAUGUAUCUUUGUAACAUGGCUGUGUUGGCAGACAGGCUACGUUUCACGACACGCUUUUAAUUCACACCCCUAUUUACCUGAAUAACUGAAAUAAA